AUGUCAUCUCUGACCAUGGACGAAACGAUCCAUGAAGCCGCAGGCUAUGACCUGGUGUGGACUUCGACAGAUGGCUCUCCCUUUUACCCGGAAGCAGCUUGUUCUGACAGCAUUUUUAGGCCGAUCUCCACUAUCUUUUGGCUUCAAGGGGUCGAGUUCCUCAAUGAACUCGUUGACGACCCCGGGUAUGCACUCCAAAACGAGGUCACGUACCUCUCACAUGGAUCACCUAAGCUGUGGAUUGUUGAGAGACUGUACGGUAAGACCCCGCGUUGA